UUUGUCUCUCUCUACACCUAAAACCCUACUUUGCACUCUGCACUCUUGCUCCUUCGCUCUCCAUUGCCCCCAUCACUGCCAUGGCGACCGAAGAGAAAGAGAAGGGAUACGAAGGGGGAGCAGGAGCAGGAGGCAAAUUUCGCAAACGCCCCUUCCGCGGAAGGACCCAAACGACGCCGUAUGAUCGCCCGCCAACCUCACUCAGAAACCCUAACAGGAACAGCAGCAACAACAAUGGUUGGUUUUCCAACCUUCUGGAUCCCGCUCAGAGGUUAAUCACUCACAGCGUUCACUCUCUCUUCUCCUCCCUUUUCCGCAAGCGCCUUCCUCCUCCUCCUCCUCCAGAGACGGAACCAGAAGUGAAGAACAUUAGUCAGGAAGAGGCCGUCUUUGUUGCAAGCAAUUCGUCUGGCCUGCAAGAAGUUCCUGUUGGUGUAAGUGAUACUCAAAUUAAUUGUUCUGAUGAGGGUGGAUUAACUGAACUUGAGAAACUAUUAAAACAGAAGACUUUCAGCAGAUCUGAGAUUGAUCAUUUGACAGCACUUAUGCGUUCAAGAACUGUGGAUGCACCUGUUAGGGAAGAAGAGAAGGGGACAGGUGUGGUUCCCUCAGAACCAGUGGUGCAAAGUGGACAAAAGGAAUGUCCCAAAACACUGGCACUAGAAAAUGGGAUUGAAAAUACUGUUGCUGUAACCCCACAUGUUAUUUCAAGUUUUCCUAUUGAAGAUGUUGCUUCACCUGCGGAGCUUGCAAAGUCUUACAUGGGUAGCAGGCAUUCCAAAGUAUCCUCUUCAGUUUUAGGUGUUCAAACAUCUGCAUUUUGGGAGGAUCCAACUCUUGUAAACAGGGAAAAGUUUCCUCUUAAAUCCCCUAUUAUGACCAUUGUGCCUAGGACUACUAAAUAUGCUGCAGUUCAUGAAAAUGGUUUUAUGACCUCAAGAUCUCGUAGAAGAUCUGCAAUAUAUAAUAUGGCUCGAACACCAUAUGCCAGAAUUUAUCCAACAUCCACACUAAAGGGUGGUGAGCAUGCUGUUGAAGAUGAGCCAUCGUUGUCAAGUCAGUCUGCAUUUAAUCAUGAUGUGCAUUCUGGAUCUAAAACAGGGGCAGUAAAACGUAGAAAUUCAGUUUUGGAUAAUGAUAUAGGAUCUGUUGGUCCUGUUCGCAGAGUUCGCCAGAAGUCAAAUCUUCUAUAUUCUAAAGGCUCGAGCUCACUUAUUUCUGGUAACUCUUUGUCCGUGGAUAGGAAUCAAAUGGUUGUGAAUGCUUCACAGCAAGGGUCUUCCAUGCAGAAGCCUAUUCUGCUGGAUGAAGUCAAGCAUAGCCAUAUAAAAUUAUCCGAAGAAAAUGUGGAUGGCACUAUACCUAGUUUGAGCUUUCCCCCUUUGCCCUCAAAAUCAAGUGAAAUGGCUUCAAAAAUAAUGCAGCAACUAGAUAAGUUGGUUUCUCCAAAAGAGAAAUCAUCUGAAUCAAGGCUAACAAUUGUGAAUGAUAAUUCACCAACAAAGUUGUCACCUUCCAUGCUAAGUGGACAGGCUCUUCAAAGCAUGGAAAUGGUAGAUUCAUCAAAAUUGCUGAACAAUAUGCAUGGUAAUAGCUUAGAUGGCCCAUUUGGAAAUUUGUCAGGUAGUGCUCAGAAUCAGAAGUUAAAUUCUCAGAGAGACAAGGUUGAAAAUGGUCCAUUGAAGCUUGUUGCUCCUACCGAUGGAUUACUUCCACUCAUAACAACUGAAGAUGCUACAAAAACAAGUAAUAAAGUCUCGUCUACUGCAAAAUCUGGGGAUUUUUUUACGAUAAAAUCUGUCUCUGAUCUGCCACGAAAGAAGAGGGCAUUCCAUAUGAGUGCCCAUGAGGAUUUUCUGGAUCUGGACGAUGAUGAUUAUCCAAAUGGAGCAGUCUCUUCCUUUUCUCUUGAGAAAGAAACGACAAGCUCCACUGCUGUGAUGGGGGAAACUAAUUCUAGUCAUGAAGCAACUGAACAGGAGAAUCCAUCAGCAUUAUCUAAGACUUCUACAAUAGAUGGUAAGGCUCAUAUUGGAACCGCCUAUAAAUCUAAGGUUGGUGAAAAAGUUGAUGUGUCUAUCUUUAGCACAUCAUCUAACAUUAAUCCAACCUACAAGCCAGUUACGGCUACACCAAAUGGAUCAGUUGGUAAACCUCCCUUGUUUAUAUCUGAGAAUAAAGUGGUUUCGUCAAAAGAGUUCACAGCUCCUCGUGCUCCACCAAAGGAGAUAACCAAAGCAGGUCCUACAUUUGGGUUGGAAAAAGUUGUUUCAUCAAAGGAUCGUGUUACUGACGCUCCACUGGUGGAAUAUGGCUCCAAUAAAAAUGUAAACAAGGUUCUUCCGGUGCCAUUCACUGCUUCAUCAUCCAUUGGUGCUGAACCAUCUUUUCUGAAAUUCAGUGCUUCUGUCUCAAACCUGGGAAGUUCAAUCAGCACAACUACUGUUGCUGGUCCAACUGAUGCUAUGCCAAAAGUUCGUGAAGCUGAUAAUGGUAAUGCUGAGAGUACUAAUGAUACUGAAUCUUCUGUUAGGGCUUCAGAACUUGCUAGUUCAUCUGCUGCAUCAACAUCAUUUUUGACAUCAUCCAAGAGUAUAUUCAAUUUUGGGCACAAUUCAAAUCAAAAUAAUGGGUCUCUGGCAAGCCCUUCGUUCUCUUCUUUUCCACCCCCUGUAUCUGGUAAUUUCACCAGUCAGAAUAUAUUCAGCAGUGCCAUUAGUAACAUGGCAGAUUCUAAUGGCAGUAGCAUGGCAAGUAUGACGACUGGCACAAUGGCAUCAAGUAAUGGCAGUUCUUCUACCCCAGUGGUGGCAUCUUCAUAUCCGACAACUUCUGUUUUCAAAUUUGGAUCCUCUCCUGUCCCAUCAACAAGCUUACCUUUAUCAUCUUCUGGUUUAGAGCCGCUGGAAACUAAAAGAAGUCAGGAUGCAGGAGCUGGUAGUCUUAGCAGCACUGCCUUUGGUAGCUCAUCUGCAGGGAUUGGUAAUUUUGGCUUCAGCUCUUCGGCAACUAAAACUGUAAAUAGCCUCUCGAGAUCUGUUGUUGGUGCUAGUAGUGGUUCUGUGCUUGGUGCCCAGGCUUCUACCACCAUUGGGUUAGAAGCCUUUACUCAGACCCAGUCAGUUCCAUUUGGUUCAUCUGCAUCUUCCCCAUCAUAUGGGUUAACUGGGAACACAACUUUUUCUUUGAGCAGUUUUUCAUCUCCUUCAUCCAGCCCUUCUUUUUCUUCUGGGAGUUCGUUAUUUUCCUCUAGUCCUGCCAUGAAUGUCUUGAACUCUGGCACAACUUUUGGACUUAGCACCUCGGCUUGCUCUUCAACAGGAAACUCCUUUAGCUCCAAUACCAGUACAAGUUCUACUUUAUUUGGGUCUAGUUGGCAGCCCAGCAAGUCUCCAUUUGGUGCCACGUUUAAUUCGUCAUCUUUGUCUUCGUCUGGACUUUCCCUUGGAACAUCCACCGCUUCUGUCAGUUCACAAACAAUGUUUUUAUCGACCUCCAGUGCAUCAACUCCUCAAUUUUCAUUCACUUCAGCUGCAGCAUCUAUCUCAACACAACAUGCUUUUGGAAGUCCUACUCCCGCCUUUGCAUUUGGCUCAGCUCCUGUUAAUAAUCAGAAGACGAGUAUGGAAGAUGGUAUGGCUGAGGAUACAGUUCAAGCAACUCCACCAGCCACUUCUGUAUUUGGUCAGCAACCUGCUCCGUUUCAAUCAAAUUUUGUAUUUGGUGCAUCAACUCCACCGGGAGCCAGUUCUUUCCAGUUUGGUAGUCAACAGAAUAUUGCUCCGCAGAACCCUUCUUUUCAGACUUCUGGCAGUGUAGGUGGAAGUUUCUCAUUGGGCACAGGUGGUGGUGACAAAUCUGGUCGAAGAAUUGUGAAAGUUAAACCCAGACAACGAAAGAAGUAGGACUAUUGUUUAUGAAAAUGGUUGCCUUCUAUCAGUACUCGGGGCUACACAUGUUGUGCAAAAAGUAAAUAAGUUUGGGCUAGAUUUGUUAUUGCUAAUCAGUAAAUACAAGCUUAUCCGUGUUCUUUGCACUUCCAUACUCAAUUUUGUAAUAGCAUAUGAUAUGAAGAAACAUGUGCUGUGCUAAAUGAUAUUCACAGAGAGCGCUGUGUUCUUGCUGCUUGUAAUAUAGCCAGAAUUAGAGUCAAUGUAUAGCUUAGAUGGUUGUAAUUUCA